AAGGGGCGGGGACAGGGCUUGCAAGACUUGCCGGGACAAAUAUGCUCGUUGUUGGUCUUCGGAGGAGCUCCGCAUUUUGCUGACAACCUGCCAGGUGUUAUUAGAUCUCUACACAUCUCACAUCACCAUGACCUCAGAGAACAACUUGGAUGACGAGGAUACCUUCAAGAUCUUGAUCGCUACAGAUGUUCACCUCGGUUAUCUCGAGAAAGAUGCCAUCCGAGGCAAUGACUCUUAUAACACAUUUGAUGAGAUCCUCAAAUGUGCAAAGACAAAUCAGGUCGAUUUAAUCCUGCUGGGAGGUGAUUUGUUUCAUGAAAACAAGCCCACCCGCCGAUGCCUCCACAACUGCAUCACUAUGCUAAGAAAAUACUGCAUGGGGGACUCGCCCAUCCACUUCAACAUUCUCAGUGACCAGACCAUCAACUUUAACACCACCCAGUUCCCCUGGGUAAACUAUCAGGAUGAAAACCUGAACAUCUCCAUUCCUGUGUUCAGCAUUCAUGGUAAUCACGAUGACCCCACUGGGGCUGAAGGUUUGUGUGCGUUGGAUCUUCUAAGUGCUUCUGGUCUUGUCAAUCACUUUGGUCACUCCCACUCAGUGGAGAAGAUUGAAAUCAGUCCAGUACUCCUGCACAAAGGCAGCACCAAGCUAGCCUUAUACGGUCUUGGUUCUAUCCCAGACGAGCGAUUGUACAGGAUGUUUGUCAACAACCAGGUGACUAUGCUUCGACCCAAAGAAGACCAAGAUGAAUGGUUUAACCUCUUCACCAUCCACCAGAACAGGAGUAAGCAUGGGCCCACUAACUAUAUACCUGAGCAGUUCCUGGAUGAGUUUCUAGACUUGGUGGUGUGGGGUCACGAGCACGAGUGUUUGAUAACACCAACCAGAAAUGAACAGCAGCUCUUCUAUGUGACACAGCCUGGCAGCUCCGUAGCCACCUCUCUGUCCCCGGGAGAAGCAACCAAGAAGCACAUAGGACUGCUAAGGGUGAAAGGUCGAAAGAUGAACCUGCAGAAGAUCCCUCUGAAGACGGUUCGUCAGUUCUUCAUCCAAGAUGUGGUGCUGGCUGACUACCAAGACCUCUUCACACCUGAGACACCCCAGGUCACGAAGAAAGUGGAGAACCUGUGCUAUGCAAAGGUAACCGAGAUGUUGGAAGAAGCUGAAAGAGAAAGACUCGGAUGUCCGCUCACCCCAGAGAAACCUCUAAUUCGCCUGAGGGUGGACUACAGUGGGGGCUUUGAGUCAUUCAACACUGCACGCUUCAGUCAGAAGUUUGUAGACCGUAUAGCCAACCCGAAGGACCUCAUUCACUUCCUCAGACGGCGUGAGCAAAAGGAGGACAUCAAAGAUGAAGUCAAUAUUGACUACAGCAAAAUAUUAAAAACCACAGCAGUCGAGGGGCUGAGAGUGGAGGACCUAGUGAAACAGUUCUUUGAGGCAGCAGAGCAGACAGUGCAGCUGUCCCUUCUGACCGAGCAGGGCAUGGGCAAGGCCAUCCAGGAGUUUGUAGACAAAGAUGAGAAAGAUGCCGUCGAGGAGCUGAUCACGUACCAGUUAGAGAAGACACAACGCCACCUCCAGGCCAGAGGAGUAAUCACAGAGCAGGACAUCGACACAGAGAUCCAAAAAUUCAGAGACUCCAAAAAGAACACGAAUGAAGAAGAAAAUGAAAUCAGAGAAGCUAUCAACAGAGCAAAAGCUCAUCGUUUGGAGCGUGCAGAUGAGCCUCUGGAUAAGGACAUAUUAGAUGACCUUGCUGAUGUUGAUAUGGACUCUGAUGGAGGCUCGGUCCCAACCCCUCCCCCCACACGAGGCAGAGGGCGGGGCAGCAGAGGGCGGGGGAGUCGAGGCAGAGGGAGAGGUGCUACCGCCUCUGAACCAAAGCCAGCCGGUCGAGGUCGCGCCCACAAAUCCUCAGCCGCAACCCAAAGCAGAAGCAUUAUGCAAGCAUUUCAAGCUCCAUCCCAGAGAUCAUCUCGGACUGGAGCGUCCUCAUCUUACUUAGUAGAUGAAUUGACCAUUGAUGACUCAGAUGAAGACAUACCUGUCACGAAGGCUUCCCGACCCCCUGCAAGAUCAUCGUCGUCAUCUUCAUCCUUCACUAAGCACGGCUCUCAGAGCCAGAGUCAGUCUUCCAGAGGAGUUGCAUUUGAUGAUAGUGAUGAUGAUGAGGAUAACCCGUUCAAAGGCCCCAGCCGUGGUUCACGGAGAUAAUCGGGACUGCUUCUAUACAUCACGGCUUAUUUUCUACCUAAUCAGCAAAUUCUUAAUGAGCAAGUGAGCUGCUGCAGUUUAGUUCGAAAGGACUUUAAAGUACAUGUUCUACUAUCAGUCUUCCUAAUGUUUACAACAAAGAAUCAAGAUGAUCAGCUUCCUCCAAUCAGUCUGUUCUGGGGGAAAUGGCAUGGUUCAAUUCUGUGGUGUGUCUAGGUGGGGGAUGUACCAAAACUUCCUGUUUGUAUCUGAAGCCACCUCAACCUAACAACAGGUGGAGCACGUGUCACUCGGUUUGUGAUUGGCCUCUGUAGUUCACUGAGGAUUUAAUAAACGUUUGUUCAUGUCUAA